AUGAAGAUUCUUCUUCUAGCUGCUGUGACGCUCUUUGGAUCAGCAUUGGUGCCUCUCUCGUUGUCACUCAGCGAUGAAGGGAAAGCUUUGAUGUCCAUUAAAUCAUCGUUCCGCAAUGAGGUGAAUGUGCUUUCUGACUGGGAUAGUGUCCAGAAUGAAGAUUUCUGCUCUUGGAGAGGAGUCCUUUGUGGCAAUUUCACUACCUCUGUUGUUGCUCUGAAUUUAUCUAACCUCAAUUUGGGCGGAGAAAUUUCAACUGCAAUUGGAGAUUUGAGGAGUUUGCAGUCACUUGACCUUCAAGGAAACAAGUUAACUGGCCAAAUUCCUGAUGAGAUUGGAAAUUGCAUCUCUCUGGUCCUCCUGGAUUUAUCUAAUAAUCUGCUUAAUGGGGACAUACCCUUCUCAAUUUCAAAGCUGAAGCAACUCGAGACCUUGAAUUUGAGGGACAACCAGUUGACCGGUCCUAUCCCUUCAACCUUGACACAGAUUCCCAACCUAAAAGCACUUGAUCUCGCUAGAAACCAGCUUAUUGGUGAGAUACCAAGGUUGAUUUACUGGAAUGAAGUCUUACAGUAUCUGGGUUUACGUGACAAUGCAUUGACAGGAACUCUCUCAUCUGAUAUGUGUCAGUUAACUGGAUUAUGGUAUUUUGAUGUGCGCGGAAACAAUCUGACUGGUAACAUUCCUGAAAAUAUUGGCAACUGUACAAGCUUUGAAAUCCUAGAUAUCUCAUAUAAUCAGAUCAGUGGUGAGAUCCCUUACAAUAUUGGUUUCCUACAAGUGGCCACAUUGUCUCUGCAGGGAAAUAAACUGAAUGGGAAGAUUCCAGAUGUCAUUGGUCUUAUGCAAGCACUUGCUGUUCUAGAUUUGAGUGACAAUCAGUUAGUUGGACCUAUCCCUCCCAUUCUUGGCAAUUUAUCAUAUACUGGAAAACUGUACCUUCACGGAAACAAGCUUACAGGGCCAAUUCCACCAGAGCUUGGCAAUAUGUCCCGGCUCAGUUAUUUGCAACUAAAUGACAAUCUAUUGGUCGGUCAAAUACCAGCUGAACUUGGGAAACUGGAGCAACUUUUUGAACUCAACUUAGCGAAUAACUUUCUUGAAGGUCCAAUUCCUGAAAACAUCAGCUCCUGCACAGCACUAAAUCAAUUCAACGUGCAUGGCAAUGGCUUAAACGGUUCGAUUCCGCUGGGAUUUCGCAAUUUGGAGAGCCUGACAUAUCUGAAUCUUUCAUCUAACCAAUUCAAGGGCAUCAUACCGUUUGAGCUGGGCCACAUCGUCAAUUUGGAUACGCUAGAUCUUUCCAGUAAUUAUUUUACUGGACCAAUUCCAGCUUCAGUGGGUGAACUGGAACACCUUCUUAUACUGAAUCUAAGUUACAACCACCUUUCUGGAGCAGUGCCCGAAGAAUUUGGUAAUCUUCGAAGUGUGCAGACAAUUGAUAUGUCCUUCAAUGCUUUAUCUGGACCCAUUCCGAAGGAAGUAGGCCAGCUGCAGACUCUUGAGUCACUUUUCUUGAACAACAAUAACCUUAGUGGAGGUAUUCCAGAUCAGCUAACAAAUUGCCUAAGCCUCUCCAAGCUGAAUUUUUCUUACAACAACUUUACUGGAGCUAUCCCUCCAAGCAGUAAUUUCUCACGGUUUUCACCCGAUAGUUUUGCUGGAAAUCCAUGGCUAUGUGGAAGCUGGCCAGGUUCAAUUUGCAAUCAAUGUGCUUCGAAAUCCAAAGCAAUGUUCUCCACGAUCGCUGUUGUUUGCUUAACUCUUGGCUUCUUGACUCUGCUGUCCAUGGUGAUAGUUGCUAUCUACAAGUCCAACCAGCCACGACUGUUUGUGAAGGGAUCUAAAAGAAGCACUCAAGGCCCCCCAAAACUCGUGGUUCUGCAUAUGGAUAUGGCUCUUCAUACCUAUGAAGAUAUCAUGCGAAGCACAGAGAACCUGAGUGAAAAGUACAUCAUUGGUUGUGGUGCCUCCAGCACAGUGUACAAGUGUGUGUUGAAAAAUUCCCGGCCAAUUGCCAUUAAGCGAAUUUACACUCAACAUCCCCACAGUUUGCGUGAGUUUGAGACUGAGUUGGAGACUGUAGGAAGUAUCAGACACAGAAACCUAGUCAGCUUGCAUGGCUAUUCUCUUUCUCCCCAUGGAAACCUCCUCUUCUAUGACUAUAUGGAGAAUGGAUCUCUAUGGGAUCUUCUUCAUGGGCCUUCCAAGAAAGUGAAACUGGACUGGGAAGCUCGUCUCAAAAUUGCUGUUGGAGCUGCUCAAGGGCUUGCUUAUCUUCAUCAUGAUUGCAACCCAAGAAUCAUCCACAGAGACGUGAAAUCAUCAAACAUACUUUUGGAUGAAAAUUUUGAGGCCCAUCUCUCUGAUUUUGGCAUUGCCAAAUUUGUAUCUGCUGCUAAGCCUUAUGAAUCAACCUUUGUACUUGGUACAAUUGGCUACAUUGAUCCUGAGUAUGCAAGGACUUCCAGGCUCACCGAAAAAUCAGAUGUUUAUAGCUUUGGUGUUGUUCUUUUAGAGCUAUUAACUGGAAAGAAAGCUGUGGAUAACAACUCAAACCUGCAUCAACUGAUUGCAAUUAAGGCUGAUGAUGACACGGUGAUGGAGGCUGUAGAUACUGAAGUGUCAGUUACAUGCAUGAAUCUAGCUCAUGUCAAGAAGGUUUUUCAGCUAGCUUUGUUGUGCACCAGGCAGCAUCCUUCUGAGAGACCAACUAUGCAUGAGGUUGCUAGAGUCCUCAUCUCCUUGCUUCCACCACCUCCAGAGAAGCCCUAUUCAGCUACCAAGACUAUCGACUAUGCGAAUUUUUUGAUUGGUAAAGAACAAUCACAGUUGAAAAAGUUGCAGUCAGAUGUGCCGGCAGACAGCAAUUCCUCUGAUGCUCAAUGGUUGGUUAGAUUCCGGGAAGUUAUAUCUAAGACAACCAUUUGA